AUGUGUAUAUUUAAGCCUAAAACCAGAGAAACUCACCAUGUUUUCAUCAGCUUCUGCGGUGACACCCGUUCUGGCUUCACGAGCCAUCUCGAAGCAUCUUUUACCCGCCACGGAAUCGUACCUUUCUUAGACCACAAAAUCGACAGAGGAGAUAAAAUGUUCCCCACGCUCUUGCGAGAAAUCAAACGAUCCAGGAUUUCGGUCGUCGUUUUCUCAAAAGAGUACGCCAGUUCAGAGUGGUGUUUGGAUGAGCUAGUAACGCUAAUGGAAUGCAACAGGAAGAGUGAACAGAUUGUGAUACCCUUUUUCUAUGGAGUGAAGCCCAAAGAGUUGAGAGAGCAAUCGGGGAAUUAUGCAGCUGCUUUUGCAGAACAUGAACAAUCUUAUGGUCGUCGAAGAGUAAAAAGGUGGCGGAGGGCCUUGACAAAAGCAGCCGAUGUCUCUGGUUGGGAUAGAUCCUCUUACGGAACGGAGUUUGGGCUUGUUGGGGAUAUAGCGAUUGACGUGAAGAACAAAUUAGAAUGA